UCUUAUUCCAUAGCAACCAAUAAGCAAGCGUGAAACAUGAGGACAAAUCCCGCCAUUCAAGCUGCCAUCGACCUCACAGCAGGUGCAGCAGGUAAUACUGGAGAGAACUCUCAGAAACUUUGAAAAUAGAAUCUGAUACAAACAAGCUUGUGCUCUUAAAGUGGGACUGCAUGUGUGCUAACCGGCCAGCCCUUUGAUACAGCUAAGGUGAAGAUGCAGACAUUUCCCAGCAUGUAUAAAGGACUCAUUGAAUGUAUUGUGAAGACAUAUAAACAAGUUGGAUUGCGAGGCUUCUAUAAAGGGACCACUCCAGCACUUGUAGCCAACAUAGCAGAAAACUCAGUCCUGUUCAUGUGCUAUGGGUUUUGCCAGCAGAUUGUGAGGGGAGUUGUUGGAUUAGACAGGAAAGCAAAACUGAGUGAUCUUCAGAAUGCAGCUGCAGGCUCUUUUGCUUCUGCAUUUGCUGCCUUGGUGCUAUGUCCCACAGAGCUGGUGAAGUGUCGGUUGCAGACCAUGCAUGAAAUGCAAUUAUCUGGAAAGAUAAUACAAGGACACAAUACAGUUUGGUCAGUAGUGAAAAGUGUUAUUCAAAAGGAUGGCCCACUCGGGUUCUACCAUGGUCUGUCAAGCACUUUACUUCGGGAAGUCCCAGGUUAUUUCUUCUUCUUUGGAGGCUAUGAACUGAGUCGGACAUUUUUUGCAGCGGAGAGACCAAAAGAUCAACUAGGGCCUAUUCCUUUGAUGGUGAGUGGUGGUUUUGGAGGCAUCUGCUUGUGGAUUGCUGUUUAUCCUGUGGACUGUGUCAAAUCUAGAAUUCAGGUUCUUUCCAUGUCUGGAAAACAGGCAGGCUUCAUGGGAACAUUUGCAAAUAUUUUGCGAAAUGAAGGAGUAUUUGCCUUGUAUUCUGGACUAAAGCCUACUUUGAUUCGUGCAUUCCCAGCCAAUGGUGCACUGUUCCUUGCCUAUGAGUACAGCCGCAAGAUGAUGAUGGAACAGGUUGACACGUACUGAAAUCUUCCAGCAGCAGGUUUAGGUCAACCUUUUUAAAAAGAACUGUAGGGCUUGAAUGGGUACAAAAUCAAUAGCAUGACAUCAGAGAAAGUCAGUCAAUUUAGGAUUUAAAAAAAAAUCUUUUUAAAGUAAAUGGAUUUUGUAGACCUUGUGUGUGUUUUUACAGGAUUUUUUUUUUUUUAAGGGAGGAUGGAGACGUUAAUGUUCUUUCCACCUAUUGUGCUGCUCAAGAGAUUUAAUUAUGUUGCCCUGAUGGAAGCGGUACUCAGUGUAAAGGGUAGUGAUCUUUCAGUUAAGAGAGUUAAUCUCAAAUUUUAAAAAAUCUAGUUCUGGAACAGCCAUGGUACAAGAAGUCUGAAUUUCCCUUUUUCACUGUUAGCAAACACAACUGACUCAAGGCCACACGGCACUGGUGCAUUAGUAAAGUAGUGCUUCUCUUUUCAUUAUCCAUUUUAGGGCUUGUCUACACAGGGAGUGACUCUUGAAUAGUUUAGUCUGUGGAUGGUCUUAUUCUGGAAUAAAUCUCAUUCCAAAUUAUUUUAAUUCACUUUAGACAGCCUAUUAGGAAUAGUUAAUCUGCUCUAAAUUCACACCGUAUGUUAUUCU